GAUUCUCAACUCCAAUCUCUCUCUCCUCCCCGUCUCCCCACGCCCCCUGCGCCCCCCUCAUUGCCGCCCUUGGUCCCUGUCUCCCCUUGGCCUCUCCCUCUGCCCUCUCCCUUGCCUGCAACCUUGGUUUCUUCUCCCUCCAUCCCAUCUCUCCUCUGGUUUUUGUCCGUCCCUCUCAUUUCUUCACACCCCUGUCCACUUUCCCUCUCUUUCCUCCCCAUUCAUCACUCUCUGACCCUCUCUGCCGGUGAUCGUUGCUGUUCCCCUUCCGUGGCAUCGGGGCAUUCUUCUGUGGCUCCCCCAUCACCGACCACUGCCCCCUGGGCCUGGCCAACCCCGGGCCCAUGCACGUCCCCCCCUUUUCCGCCUCCUGGCUCCUGCCUGCCCCCCUCCCCGUCCUUCUAUCGUCCCUUGGGCUGCCUUCCUCGUCCUUUCCCGCCACCAUCUCCACAUUUCUGCACCUCUGGCGCCUUUCUUCCGUCCACCCUUCCAGCCUCGGUUCUCCCCCCAGCCUGGCUGCCCCGGCCGAGCUCCUGCGCUCCCCAUGCCGGCCCUCCUGCUCCUCGGGACCCUCCUGUUCCUGGCCUCGACUACCGGCCAGGCUGGGGCGCGUCCGUCCAACGCCACGAGCGCCGAGCCCCCGGGUCCGCUGCCCGCCCUGCUGGCGCACCUGCGGCGCCUGACCGGGGCGCUGACGGGCGGCGGGGGCGCAGCGGGCCCGGGGGCCAACGGCACAAGAGCCAGCACCCCGAGCUCGGCGGGCGCUGCCGCACGGGCGCCCCCUCCGGCGGAGCUGUGCCACGGCUACUACGACGUCAUGGGCCAGUACGACGCCACCUUCAACUGCAGCACCGGCUCCUACCGCUUCUGCUGCGGCACCUGCCACUACCGCUUCUGCUGCGAGCACCGCCACAUGCGCCUGGCGCAGGCCUCCUGCUCCAACUACGACACGCCGCGCUGGGCCACCACGCCGCCGCCGCUGGCCGGGGGCGCCGGGGGCGCUGGGGGUGCGGGCGGGGGCGCUGGGGGGCGUGGGGGCGAGGGCCCAGGGGGCAGCACAGCCUACGUGGUGUGCGGGGUCAUCAGCUUCGCCCUGGCCGUGGGCGUCGGCGCCAAAGUGGCCUUCAGCAAGGCGUCCCGUGCGCCCAGGGCGCAUCGGGAGAUCAACGUGCCCAGGGCUCUGGUGGACAUUCUGAGACAUCAGGCGGGGCCCGGGGCCCGCCCAGACCGGGCACGAAGCAGCUCCCUAACCCCAGGGGUCGGAGGCCCCGACAGCAUGCCGCCGAGGACGCCCAAGAACCUCUACAACCCCGUGAAGCCCUCCAAUCUCGAUAACCUGCACCACAACUACCUGCACCUCAACGUCAACAGCCCCAAACACCACGCUGCCACUCUGGGUACGCGCCCGGGCGGGCCGAGCUCCUUCCCUCCCCACCUGGCGGGAGCCCAGUGCGGGGGUAGGCAGAGGGUUGGCCCUGGGAGGCGGGCAUCUUCUGGGCCGGCUGGGGCCCCAGUUCUGUGGUUUACCCCUUCUCUCGCAGCCGAGAAGGACCUGGACGAGGCCUACCUGAAGCGCCGGCACCUGGCAGAGGUGCCCCGUGGGACGCUGCCCCUGCACGCGCUGCGGCGACCCGGCACGGGGGGUGGCUACCGCAUGGAUGCCUGGGGCAGCCCCGAGGAGCUGGGCCUGGCCCCUGCGCCCCACCCUCGGCGCGUCAUGUCCCAGGAACACCUGCUGGGUGACGGGGGCCGGUCGCGCUACGAGUUCACCCUGCCGCGCGCGCGCCUUGUGUCCCAGGAGCACCUGCUCCUGUCGUCACCCGAGGCCCUGCGCCAGAGCCGCGAGCACCUCCUGUCACCCCCGCGCAGCCCCGCGCUGCCCCCCGAGCCCGCCACGCGUGCCAGCUUGGCCGCCUCGCACUCCAACCUGCUGCUGGGGCCCGGGGGCCCCCCCACGCCACUGCACGGCCUGCCACCGCCGCCCGGCCUGCAUGCACACCACCACCACGCCCUGCACGGCUCGCCGCAGCCUGCCUGGAUGUCAGACACCGGCGGGGGUGGGGGCACACUGGCCCGCAGGCCGCCCUUCCAGCGCCAGGGCACGCUGGAGCAGCUGCAGUUCAUCCCCGGCCAUCACCUGCCCCAACACCUCCGCACGGCCAGCAAGAACGAGGUGACUGUCUGAGCGUCCGAGGCCGGGCCAGGGGCUGGGGCGUUGUGGCCUGGGGCCCCCAUCCCAGCCUGCACCCCCCCCCGCCACACCCGCUGGGGGGCCUGGAAUCCAGACCUGCGGGGGCCAGGAGGGCUACCUCCAAGGACACAGUUUUGGACGAAAUCCUCACGAGAGAAAAAGUUUCCUUCUGCAGUGUCACAGCAGAUAAGAUCCUCCUUCUACGUCACAAUCUGAGGCAGGGCCUCCUUCCCAUGACGUCAUCACAGAGGAAGAGGCCUGUAUGUGAGGUCAUCAGUAGCAAAAAACGUCUGUGUUCAUCACAGGGACAAACCCUGCUUCCCAUGAGGUCAUCGCAGAGGAACAGGCCCACUACAGUCAUCGCUGGAGGCCGUGUCUGUGCUCCACGGUGUCAUCACGAAGACCUCCCUCCGGUGACGUUGUAAGAGGAACAAUGCCUUGUCCCAUGACAUCAUCCCAAGAGACCAGGAGCCCUCCUGUGACGUCACUGCACAGAUAAGUCUCACCCUCUGAUGUCGUCUCUGGCACCAAAAGGCCUCUGUGGACAUCAUCGUCACCAGGAAAAUAUUUCCUUCCAAAGAAGAUGCCUCUGUCUAUGAAGCCAUGCCUGCAGACAAAGCCAUCUUCCCGGGAUGAGCCACAGGGGAAAGCGCCUCGCCAGCCAUCCUCAGGAGACACAAGGCCUCCUUUCUAGGACGUCACCACGGGGGCUCACUUCCUUCCUGUGACACCGUUGCCAGAGGAGCUGGCUUGCCCCGUGAUGUCAUCCCCAGAGACGGGCAGCCCACUCUGGGGCCCUCUCCGGGGUGAGGCCCUUCUGCACUGCAGCACCGGCUCUGCCUGCACAGAGAUUGCAUCCCCAUGAGACACAUCCACUGCGAUUGCCCAGCACCCACAAGGCGGGCUGCCCAGAGCCCAUGGCUAACCUGGGGGCCACCAAGGAAGGGCCCGGUCCUGAGAUGCUACCCCGGGCGUCAUCGCUGGGCGGCUGCCCUGUGGGGAAGCUGCAGCCAGAGGUGACAACUCACCCCUGGCGCGCCGGAGCUGUGACGUCACCACCGGAGACACUGCCUGCUCUGGAAGGCCAUUCCUUGUGACGGUGUCACCAGAGUUUCUGCCUUGCCCCACCAUGACUUAGCUUGGUUGCUCUCUCCCCUGACCCUGGGGACAAGCCGUGUGGGAUUUCCCCCAGACCCUCCCCGCAACUGAGGCUGGGCCGUGGGUCCUCCCCGCGUGCAGGGAUGUCACCUCCUGGUGACUCCUGUAGUACAGCACGCACUCCCAGACUGGCUUCUGCUCCCAAGGAGCCGCUCCACUGCUCCUGGAGCCCUGGGGACUCUCAGGCAGCCCCAUGUCUCUCUGCCACAGCUACAGACAUCAUCACCUCCGCAAACAAAGUCCUGGCCUCCUGCUGGGGUGGGGGUGGGGUGUGCCUGCUAUUGAUGUCAUCGGCACCACAAGACUUCCACCACUCAUGGCGGCACUGCACCUGGGGUCCCAUGGUAACCAUGCCUGAUGAUGAUGUCGUUUCCCAGGGUUCCCUAUGAUCUACGCAUAUUCAUCUCCCAGGAUUCACCACAGCUGAUGAUGUCAUUGUCCCCCAGAACCCACCAUGACCCAUGAUGUCAUCACCUUCCAGAACCCAGUAUGGCCGAUGGUGACAUCUUCUACCAGGAUCCACUAGGACUGAUGAUGCCCCAGUUCCCCACAGACCCCCACAAUUGUGCUGUCAUCAUCUCCCAGGAUCCACUCCAACCGUGAUAUCUUCAUGCCCCAGGAUCCACCUUAGCCAUGAUGUCAUCAUCUCCCAGGAUCCAAUUCAGCCAUGAUGUCACCAGCCCCCAGCAUCCAUGAGAGUCGAUGGUGUCCCGGGACCCAUGACAUCCAACAUCAUCAUCUCCCGGGAUCCACUUCAGGCUUGAUACCGUCAUCCACUGGGAUCCACCAUAACUGUGACAUCGCCAUCUCCCAGGAUCCAGGACACCCAAUUAUGUCAUUUAUCAGGACCCACGUCAACCAUGUACCAUCACCUUCCAAGACCCAUCCCCUUGGGAGCCAAGUACUCUGACAGCUGUAUUUCAAUUGUCUUUGGGGUCACCUACAGUCGUUCCCUUUAGAGGAAACAGCACAAUACAUAUUCUUUUCCCAUUCCCUCAAAAAGAGCGUGGGGUGGGGCUCCCUCUGAUGACAUCAUCACUCCAGCCCUUCUUAGUGAUGUCACUGCCUUGCUCCUGACUCAGGCUAAUGCCUGCCUCAACCCGACCACAGACUUGGCCUUGCUCAGUCCCCCUCACCCCUGGGUGAGGGCACCAGUCCCUCCAGAUAACUGCCCUUCACCCAGCCAUCUGAUCGGUGACAGGGUCAACACAGAGACCUCUUACCAUCCCCAGAGGGAGGCCUUCCAGUCCUUGGGUGAUGUCACUGGCCCAGUCCCAUCCCUGGCACCGGCGCCGCAUGCCAUGGGCUUAGGCCAAACCCUCCCUGGCGAUGCCUGGGGCCAGGCCAACAGCUGCUGACCUCCCCAGGACCUUCAGUGGUGUCUGCCUCUGCCUUGGUCCCUCGUCCCGGGAGGGCACGGCUGGAGCGCUGCGCCCGCUGUCCGUGCCACCGUGCCACCUGCGGGGCAGGCUGCGCUCUGCACCUCCCCAGGAUGGCAGAUGAGCGCCCUGCUCUCCCCUUGCCCCCUCACCCUCUGGGGAGUCCCCAACACCCAACGCACAAUUUUCCCCAAAUUCUCUUUGUACAUAGCCAUGUUUGGGGGCGGCCAUUCCCCCACUCUUAAAGGGCUACACGCCCCCUCUCCCAGCCCCGAGGGCCAGGUCGGGGGGCCUCUUCUCCCUCCUCUGGGCCGCCCCCCUUCCUCUCCUCUCUCCCCACAAAUAACGGCACCUCAGCUCAUCCCUUCGCAUCGGGAGCCUGGGCAGAUAAUUGGCCCUCAACUCCCACCAUGGUCCCCUGGAGGAGGAAAUGGCAACCCCCUCCAGAGCUCUUGCCUGGGAAGCCCCAUGGACACAGGAGCCUGGAGGGCGAUACUCCACGGGGUCUCAAAGAGUCGGACACGCCUGAGCAACUGAGCACACAGAACAUGGCUCCACCACACAGGACACUGAGGGCCUACCCCCAGUCUACCAGGGCCCCAGUGGCAGUUUUUCAGCCCCCUGCUUGCAGCUGCUCCCUGCAAGGGCCUCAACACGCCCAGGGUCCCUGUGGCAGACUGUGACUUCCCCCAAAAGGAGCCGGCUUGAGCUCCCCCAGAGCCCCGCCCCUCCACUCACCACCCCCAAGGAGCACUCAGCCUUCUCCAGCCCCCACAUCUGCAGGGUUUGGGGCCUCUCAUCUUCUCUUCACCCCCUCCCCUUCCACUUGCUCUUUCCUGGCCUGGAUUCCAGGCAUCUCGCCCCCCCCACCGCCCACCACACAUCACUCACUCGACACAGGCUGCCUGACCUGGGGCCUUGACCUCUUAUCUCAAAUAAGCCAUAGUGGGGAGAGGUCUCGAGGUGGGUGAGGAAGUGGGCCUGUCCUGCCAGACCCCCUUUAGGCUUCCAGAGCUGAGACUUCACCAUCUGAGUCUCCCCCCUGCCCUGCCGCCUUGUACAUCAUACAGGCUUGUGCGCGCACGUGUGUGUACACACACACACACACACACACACACACCCAUUCCAGUGAGGGGACAGUGGAGGGCAGUAUGGAGAGAAGAUAAUCCAUUCUGGACCAAAAGAACUUCCGAAGCUCUGCCUGCUUCCUUACCCCUCCCCACCCUACUCCUCCACCCAACACCGGACUCUUGCCCCAGCUCCUUGGUGAGGACAGCCAGCCAAGCUCCACUUGGUAUUUUCUCUUUUUUUAAAUAAAGAGAUGUUUUCCUGA